UUUUACUGCUGAUACAGAUAAGCCUGGGAGCGCUGAUCCCCUUUGGACGGAACAGUAUCGUGUGUCGUCGAGCUAAUACCGCUGUAGCGCCGGACGGGAACUGCAUGUGUUCCGACGAAUCCCAUAUAACCUCAAGCACACUGAGGUUUGUCUUCGGCGGUCAUGGCGGACGAGAAGCAGGCGUAUAGCGAGGGCAUCGAUAGCGCUGAAUGCUCUGUGCCGAAAUUUGGGCAUGAAUAUUGGCCCAAUAGUGCCGCGGUCAAGGAUGGCGUAGCCCUCAAGCGCGGCUUGAACGCGCGCCACACGGCGCUGAUAGCCAUUGCAUCUGGCAUAGGGACGGGUCUCUUCUUAGGCUCUGGAAUCGCGCUCUUCAACGCCGGUCCACUAGGUCUUCUGCUAGGCUAUAUCAUUAUGGGAUUCGUAACUGCCGAGAUAGCGUACAUCAGCGCCGAGACCAUUGGAUUCCUUCCCGUCAGCGGUGGCUUCAUACGCUUCAUACCUAGGUUCACUGACCGUGCUCUGGGAAUAACCACGGCGUGGACCUUCUGGUACCUGCUCGCCAUCAACGGUCCUGCUGAGAUCGCUGCCGCGAGCUCACUGGUCUCAUUUUGGCGCACGGACAUUCCUAUUGCGGUUUGGAUUACCAUCUUCAUAUUGCCUAUCGUUGCAUUGAACUUCCUGCCCGUGCGCCUUUAUGGCGAGAUUGAGUUCAGCUUCGGCCUGCUCAAGAGCCUGCUUGUCGUCAUCCUGGUAAUCACCUCUCUUGUCGUCGACGUGGGUGGCGGACCAAGUCAUGAGUUCAUCGGCGGACGAAAUUGGCGCCCACACCCCAUUAAGGACUACCUUGUUGAUGGCCCUACUGGCCGCUUUCUGGCCGUCUGGAGUGUACUGAUCAAUGCGGCUUUCGCGAUGGGCAACAUCCAGAUCGCCACAAUAUCCGCGUCGGAGGUGCAGAAUCCGCGGCAGAAUGUUCCCAAGGCCAUGCGCCGAGUAUUCUACCGGAUUUUCUUCUUCUAUGUGAUAUCGGUCCUCUUCGUCAGCCUCAUCCAGAGCAGCUACGACGAAAGACUGAGUACCAACUCCGGCGCCGCCGCUUCGCCAUUCGUAAUCGCUUUCGAGACGGCAGGAAUCAAGGUCCUUCCUUCCUUCAUCAACGCCAUAGUAAUCACCAGCGCAUGGUCGUCGGGCAACGGCAUGCUUUUCCUAGCAUCACGUACCCUCGUCGGUCUCGCUGUUGAGGGAGCUGCACCGAGGAUUUUCCUGAAGACAAAUCGUUAUGGCUCCCCUUAUAUCGCAGUCGCCACGUCUGCGCUGCUCAUGCCGCUCGCCUACUUGAACUGUGGGAACCAGACCCCACAAACGGUGUUCUCCUGGUUUAUCAGUUUGGUCUCAACUGCGGGUCUAAAUAUCUGGAUCGUUAUCUGCUUCUCAUAUGUGCGAUUUUACUACGGCAUGAAACGGCAGCGCAUCAGCCGCAACGAGCUACCUUACAAGAGCUGGGGACAGCCAUUUUGCGCUAUUGCAGCAGGCUUUAUGUGCUGCCUUAUCGUCUUCUUCUCAGGAUUCUCGGUAUUCUUCCCUGGCCAGUGGUCGGUGUCGAACUUCUUGUCAAACUAUAUCAACUGUUUCUUGUUCGUGGCACUAUAUAUCGCACUCAAGGCUACCAUCAGCAGCCCGUGGGUCGGCUACGACGACAUGGACUUCUCGGAAUUCGAGGCAAUCCGCGAAGAGGCAAAAUUCCGGGAGGCGCAGGCAUCACUGGAACGUCGCGUACCGUUGUGGAGACGGAUAUUCGAGAAGGUUGCAGAUCAAUAAUACAGGCU